UGCUUCAGUCUUUCGACAUCCUUGUCCCGGUCGCUGCUUCCAAUCUCAUGACCAUCAACAAGCUCUGCCGGUCCUGCCGCAGCGCUCGCACGCAGUGCGACAUGAUCGCUCCGGACGGCGCGGUGCGCACUUGCUCGCGUUGCAAACGCCUCGGCAUCCAGUGCGUUCCCGAGCAGGACCAUCGGAAAACCGUCAAGGCAAGCACCGUCUUCAAGAAUGGCUUCAAGAUGCGACUUCGGGGGGAGGAGCCAGGGCUGUCGGAGAAGGAGCUGACCCGGCGCGCGCAACAGGCCUGGCUGUUCUCCGACUCGAACCCCAAGAAGGCCGCCAACGAGGCCGCCACCCUCAAGGCUGCCACCAAGCCCCUCUUCCUGCCCGGGCCCCUAUCUGCCCUUGCCUCGAGCAGCUGCGUGCCGGCGGCAGUGGCCAGAGCGGUACCGACAGCUCUGGCGUCGAGCAGCUGCGUGCCGGCGGCAGCUCUGGGCAGAGCGGUGCCGACAGCUCUGGCCAGAGUGCCGCCCGCACCGCUUCCCGUCCCCAUGCCAGUUUCCGCCGACGCAGCCGUGUACCUCGGCAAAGCGACCGGUGCCGCUGCGGCGGAGAUGACCAAGCUCGUCGUCCUGGGGUGCAGUGGGAAGCUCACCGACCGCCCAGCGCUGCUGUAUGCGCUUCACGUCUUGCUCCACCUCGCAGCAGCGCGGGACUGCUGCGGCCUGGCCGCCUUUGCGCUGCAGUCGGCGCACCAGCUCCGUUUCCCCCUCUCCGACGUCAAGACGAGCGCGGCGGAGGGGCACUGGCGCAGUCGGUGUCCGCUUCCGAUUGCCGUCCCGGAAGCCGUCUCCGGCCUCUUCAACUCGCCCUGCCUGGUCAGCGUGCGCAGCGUCGCAGCGGGCAGGUACUGGAGCCUCAACGGAGAAAGCACCUCCUCGCUGGGCGUCUACCCCGGCUGGCUGCCGAACCCGCACUUCGCCGAGCACCUCUCUUCGCCGUGCUCCAUGGACUUCACCACGCCGGUCCAGUCCAUGGCAAGCGGCUCGCCGCCGAGGCUCGUCGACGCAGACGAAGAGCGCGAGCGCUUCGCGAUCGCCUUCUGCCGGGCGCUGAGCGCGCCGCUGUCGCCAGUCGGUCGGCUGCAGUCGGCUGCCCAGGUGCAGGCGGAUGGCGCCUUCUUGCUGUGCAUGAGGCGGGACAGCAACUACGUCCAGCAGCUCUCGAGGCUGGGCGUCCCGCUGGCACCAGAGGCGGAGGACAUCCACUCGAGGGUGGUCGUCCCGCACACGCUCUUUGUGCGGCGCGUGUGCGUCACGGACGCUGCCAGCGGCCUCGUCGUCAACUUCUUCUGUACCGCGCUCUCGCCGUGCGUGUCGGGGCUCUUCGACUUUGGUCUCCAUCAGCUCAAGCGGCCGCUGGAGAGCGCCUUUGGCGGCAUCUGCCACUGGCGGGCGCCUGGCGAGGCCCACUCGGCUCAGGCGAGCGGCAAGGCGAUGAAGGUCGAACAAUGGGCUGCUGGCGGCGGCGGCGGCGGCGGCGGCGGUGGCGACGGCGGCGAUAGCUGCGUCGCCUCCUUGGUGUCGCCUGCGAGGUCGUUCGACUCUUCCUCCGCCUCGCUCGGCAGCGACUCGUCGACUGUGGCCGAAGAGGAGCUAUUCGCUCUGCUCGAUGGUGAAGUGGCUGCCGAGGCCCUCUCGGGUGGCGACACGACCAGCAUCUCGGUGUCGGAGGUGCUCGCGAUGAUCGGCUGAGCGAGCUGGCGGUUUCGGCGGUGCGGCUUUUCGCCCUCCCACAGGUAGCUUGUCCGUUGUCACAUCACACAUGAACAUGAGCAUGCACAUGUUGUCUAUUGAGAGAGUGGUGUAUAGUGGUCUGUCGGUGUCGCCGCGGUAUUUCUGUAAAUGUAAUACAUUUUUCAUUCG